UAGCGUCGCAAUCAGCGAGGAAGGGUUUUUCACAUUCGGUUCAAAUGGUUGCAAAACAGACUCUAGUGUGUUUAAAAGGACGGUACUUGGACACAUACACCACGGAUCAUGGAGCAUGAGGAUGAAAUGAAAGACUUACGGCUUCAGUUCCAAGCGCUACAAAAGCAGCAGGAGAAAAGAAAACUGGAUCGGACAAAGGAGAAAGAACCAGAUAAGCUUAAUGUCAUUGAAACCCAGGAUGAUUUGGAUCUAUCUCAGCAAGGUAUUCAGGCAGAGAAUGUCGAGCACAGACUACUGCAAGAUAAACAACCUUUGCUAGACCAGCUGAGGGAGUUAAAGGAUGAAAAUAGUCGGCUCUUCAAACUACUGAGUGAGAAAGAUUUUGAAAUUAAACACCUGAACAAGAAAAGAGAAGAAGAGCGACUGGUAUUAGGAGGCACGUCGGGCCUGGCAGGGGAUAUCGCAGCCACCAAGAUUGUUGAGCUGUCCAAGAAGAAUCGAGAGCUUAAUGUUGAAAUUGAGCGAGAAAAAAUUAAAUCUAAGCAAAACAGCAACAGAGUCAAAGUGCUUGAGAAGGAGCUGCAGGCGGCGUUGGUGUUCUCUCCACCUGGGCAAAAGAUUAUUACAAAGUCACAAUACAAGACAUCAGAAGAAUGUGAGCAGGAACAUCCAAUGGUGAAAUCUCUUCAGGAAAAACUAGCUGCUGCCCAGCUGAAAGCAACUGAGUAUCGCAACCAGGUCCAAUCUGCCAAACAGGAGCUGAAAGUAGCCCAGAAGGUUUUAACUAGUGAGAUUGGAGAGGAGGUCAACUUUCAGCAAUUACUGAACAGCCCUGGGAGCUUUAGAGGUCGAUCACAGCAAAUAAUGGCUCUUCAGACAAGGGUUCGGGACCUGGAGCAGCAGCUGAACCAGUCAACUCAGCAGAGACAGCCAAGCAUCCUGAGUUUGGAGGAAGAGCUUUUUGACAAGAAAGUCCUCCAGAAAACCCUUCCUCAAGAGAGGAACCUCAGCUACAUCCGCACCAUCGAAAAGGAAAAGAGGGAGGCAUAUGAGAGGAUCUCAGCGGACUAUGAGGCUAUCCUGAAGGACCAUGAGGAUGUGAAGAAAAAGUUGGAAGCCUCUAAAGCCAGGAACAAAUCUCUGUCUACCGAAAUCAAAUCUCUGAAGGUCCAGAUCUCCACCCUCCUGGAAAAGGAAAAACAUGAUAAUGAGCUAGUGGAUGCCCUGCUGAAACAGCAGUCUCAGAUGCAGGAGGUGCUGAGACAGCUCGGCCAACAGCAAAAUGUCCAGAACCAGGAGACCCCGUCGAGACAACAGCAGAGCAGCGAGCCUUUUCAGCACAACGCUGUCAUCCACAGGCUGAGGCAGACCGUGGCUGAGAGAGAGGUCAGAAUCAAAGAACUGGAGGACCAAAUACAGCAGCUGUCUGUCGAGCAAGAGAGCGAUGAGACAACACUUUGCAGUUCAGGAUUUCCGCCUGAAGAGGGAGACAUUGACAAAAGAAUCACAUUUUCAGGUUCUGUUUCUAAAUUUGGUCAUAAACUGGUAUUGCCUGCUGUGGGAAGCAGUAUAGAAUUCAAAGAAAAAGAGACGAACCAGGAGGAGCGCAGCAAGAUCCUCGAAAAGCAGGUGGAGUCGACACAAAUCGAUCCAAAGUGAGAACUGGACAGUCAGCAAGGGAAACACUGGUAUGCAAAGAGCCCCUCAGAAGCACUUUUCCCCAGAACCAGUGGGGCAGCAGUCGCCGAGCAACGGGAACUGGUAGAUGGUCGGAAAAAUUGGUUGUCAUUUGUCAACAUCUUACUUUAAAAGAAGCAAGAUUUUUGCUUUUCCAACUCAAGAUUUACACAAGAGGACAGAAAAAAUGACGCCUGGCAAAUGACAUAUAGUUUAUGGACAGUGCUCAUUUCAAGGCCUCAUGUUUGGGCAGCAGCGAGAUGUCCAUGUUGCUUUUGUUUGUUGUCUCCUGGUUGGUCAUUUAGCUGGAGGAAACGCAGGCGCUGAGGGCAUCGCUAAAGAGCACUCUCCACCAUGACCGGCAGCUCUGCAAUGACGCGAUGAGACAAGCCAAGCAUGUUUUCCUGCAGGCUCUGUGACAGCCCAGACUAGACACUAACCAGGGGAACUGGCCGGUCCCUGCUCAGCCUCACUUCCAGCUGAGCCCUACCUUCUCCUGUCAUAUGUGACACACAGCAGUCUGCAGGAAACAGGCUCUCCUCCUCUGCCACAAAAAACAUCACACGGAUCCAUAUGAAACCUUUCAAGACGUUGUGUCCUUUGUGCUUUUGGUGAUUUGAGUAGCUCGAGCAGCAGAGCUUUCAAAUGUAACCAUGGUGUGACAAGUGUUCCUACUGAUUACAGACAUUUUUGAUUCAGAUUUUCUCUGCUUGCAGUCACAUUUCAUUGAAACUCUGCAUGUAUUUUCCUCUGCGGGUAAACUGAAGUGCAUUACAUGUAUAGAAAGCAACAGUCUGUUUUGUAAGCUAUCCGGAAUGUCCAAUUUAAUCAAUGGAAGGCAAACCCAAUCUUUACCAAAUGUUUUGAAUAUAUUGUUUACAUUCAUGGCUAUGACUUUCCUAGAGUUAUGAGUUUUGUUUGGCCCCAGAUGGUUGUUCAUAAAUGUGUGACAGGCCAAGCCAAACAGUAAAAACCCCCAGUUAAGUUCCCAUACAUUUCAAUAUUACUUUUGAAAUAUUCCUGCUAAUCAUUUCUGACUUAAAACCAGAUGUGUGGGAAUAGUGGUUGAAAAUGAAUGAGGGCUCAAGCUACACAAACUCCCACUGUAGUCCUCCGUACAGUCCCCAGAGCGUGUCACAUGUAUGUACAGAAUGCACACCUCGCUCCUCAACCCAAAGGUUGCUUUGGACGUGCGCAGCCUGGUGGGACUGCGCUCCACAUUCAUACUAACAUCCGAGUUAUUUUCUUCCGAUGUAGCCAAAAGGAUUUCAGCAGAAACCCCCCUUCCACCUUUCCUCUCCCUCCACAUCACGCUUAAUUUAAAACCAUGGCUGAGUUAGUGUGCUGCUUCAAAUACCGCACUAUUUCUUCCAGGACCCUGUGGGAGAUUGGCAGGUCCCCAUUGGACUGAGCGAGAAAAGUGCCACAAGACAAAAAUAUCAGAGUUUGGAUGUGAUGAAGAAAGCCUUUAUGCUCAGAGUAACAAAAAACUGCUUGUGUUAAAUACCUCCUGGAUAGAAGGUGAGGCAUGCUUUAAUGUAGUAGAGGGAGAUGUCAUUGUAGGAACAGAUGAGAUACCAUUAGCUUCAUGACUGCAUGCCUUGCAGGAUUGCCUAAUACAUAUAAUGUUUUCGAAAUGUGCGUGAGAAAAGGUGUUGGUGGAAAUACGUGUCAUGGUCCCUUCCUGCAUUCAAUUCAAGAGAAAAUGUUGAACUUAACACAUUUUUGUUUAGGCGUGCUUUAAAUUGUCUGCAGACAAUCUUGGCUCUCUUGUAAAAUAGAUUUUUAACUUAAAUAAUCUAAUAAUAUACAACCUCAUAAAUCAGUUUUGUAGAGCAUAUCAAAUAAUUUCUCAAACAUUUAAUACAAAGCUUAUAUUUGUUGAUAGAGAGAUAUUACAAGCUAUUGGAUCUGAAUUCAAGCUCUUUGCCGUUCGAUAUUAAUUUCACUGUUUAAUUUCAGUCACAAAUGAAUGUCACAGAUAAUGUGACUACUCUGGUUGAUUUAAUUUUUUUAAUAGUGUCAUCACUUUCAAAUAAAUUACACUUCCCCAAACAAUUUUAAUAUCGUUUUAUGUAGCUGUAUUACGCAGAAAGGUGUAGAUUUAUUCCAAAAUGCCCAAUAACCCACCAAACCAAACACAAA